GCGCCAAGUGCUUACGUCGGUCACGUGACCGAAACAGUCGCGGGAAAACACAAAUAUGAUUAUUUCCGAGUGUUAGCUAAGCGGCUACACGGACUCGAACUCGUUUCUCUUUUUUAUGACUAUUUUUACAGAAGUUUGCUGUUAUUAAUCAGCGAGAAACACACAGGAGCAUCGAUAGGCGCUCGAGACACUUUGGACGUAGCGAUGAGUGCGGUGAAGGCAGAAGACGUGAAGCGAGGCAUCGCUGUGAUUUGGGAGAAUCUGCAGUGUCCCAUAUGUCUGGAUUUGAUGAGCGAACCCGUCUCGACCCGCUGUGAUCACCAGUUCUGCAAAUUCUGCAUGACCAAGCUGCUGGAAAGGAAUAAGAGAAAAGAGACGAGCUGCCCCGUGUGCAAGACGAAGGUCACCAAGAGGAGUCUGCAGGAAAGUCCAGGCUUCCAGAAACUGGUGGAAGGUCUCCAGAAUUUAGUUCGUUCUUACGAAUUUGAUACGCGCACAAACUAUUUGACUGGAUUGCCACAGAGGAGACAGGGCGCUAGUGUUGAGACGGAGUCGAGAGAUCAGCAGGGCAGCGGAGAGAACACGACCUCAGAGGGCGAAGUGACGGAGAAAGAAGCGACUCUUUCCUCCACAGCAGCAGCUAAAGAUGCUUUCGCAAAACUCAUGUGUUUCGAGGAUUCAUGUCCUGCCACUUCAGAACAGGAUUGCUUAGACAGAAGUCCUGGAGAUGUGCCACAAAAAUCGAGAAUAAACGCUGCAGAUCGUGAAGAAGCUCCACCGAGAGCAGAAGCCAGUGACUCGCAGACGCAGCAGGAUGUCACUCCAGAUGACGGGAGACGUUCCCGCAGGAGAUCUAAGCGCCUCUGUUUGGAGCCAGACAGAAUUAUGGAUAAAAGACAGAAGAAGAGUGUGCAGAAGGUGUCCGAGUGGUUGCUGAAGAUUUCUCCGACUUCUGACACACAAACCGGAAGCAACACGGAAGGAGAUCUUCCGAAUUUGACAGACAGCGAUGCUGAAAAAGAGAGUACAGCUUCACGUGCGUCGACGGAGAUUAACGCUUCUGAUAAAGAUAAAGAUAAAGCUGACGCGAGUCCGGAAAGGGAAGUGCCUUGUCGAGGUCUGGAAGAGCGAGUGUUCGGAGCUGUGUAUAAACGCGAGCGCAAAGUUGUCAAGACCACCAAAGUCACCAAAAGUUUCUCUCCUGAAAGAGAGAUCGCGCCUGUCGUUCCAUCCGGAAAUUUAUCGGAAAAGGAUGAAAAGAUCAAGAUGCCUCAGAGGAGGUCAAGCCGUAAGUUGACUCCAGCUGACUUUAUCAGGAAGACGUCAAAUGAAGAUAAAGAAGAUGGAGUGAAUCAAGAGGAAGUUGAUGAAGGACGCAAACAAGAAAACAGCAGCGAGCCGUUAAAGUCCUCAGGUGAGCAGGAAAAGGUGGUGCAGAUUGGUCCUGAUGAUGAAAACGCUGAAAAUACAGAAGAAAGUCCAGCAUUUGAGGUGCCAUUGAAGAAACAAGGGAGGAGAUCAAAGAUGCAGGAGAUUUGGCAAGAUGUGGAUCGUGACUUGACGGAGAAAGAAAACAACACGGACAUCAAGAAAGAUCGGAAGAGACGGAUCACUAGGAGCAGCCGUGACACUGCAAAAUCUGACGAUUUGGAAAAAUGCAAAAGUGCCAAAUAUUCCAAGUCCCUUGCUCUAGUCAGUGCUGGAACGGAGAUUGUUGAUUUGAGGGAGAACGUUCCGGGUAAUCCCAAACUAAUCGAGGCAGAAGUUAAUAUUGAAAGUUACCCUAGUAGCGCAGAGCCGAAGUCUCCUGAUGCUCGGAAAACCAGACGAAGCUCAAGGCUGCAGGAGUUCACCGCGGAAGUUCAGGGUCUUCCGAGAAGAAGACGGUCUAAACAAGCUCUUCCAAAACCGGCUGACGGACCUGAACAUAAUACAUCCACUAACCUGGAUGAGCCACGAUCAGCGAAGACUGAUCAUGUUGGUGCAGGUCAGCCUUCACAGAGUGAGAAACCAGAACGGUCUGUGAGGAGAAACGGUUGUGUUUACAACGAUGACUUUGAAAACAUUGAAAUCGUGCAGUCAGGCGAGGAUGCAGCUGCUCCUAAGUGUGUAUCCGAGGGGACUGUAACUGAAGAACAUUCGCUCGUUUCCGUCGUCCCAGACACGGUGGAUCAAGACAAGCACGAUAUCCCUCGUUCUACCAAAGUUGCAAACUCGACAAGUCCGUUAGCGGCUCUGGUUCCAGAAUCCUUUCCACAGAAACGUCAGGAAUCACCAGCUACAAAAACGCUGACACCUGCUGUGGAGCGCAGAGAUACAGACCAAGGAGAAGACACCAAUGAUAGUGAACUUGACACUGAGCAACUCAUGAAGACCUUCAAGGCCACCAAGAGAAAAUCCUUCUACCUGGGUAGUCCCAGGACUUCACACUCCAGAACGCAAGAGAAAUCCCUUACUCAGAUUUUAGAGGAAGAGAAGCAGGAGAGCGUAGAUCAAGCACAGAUACCAGGCAUCUCUCCGGACACUGAUCAAGUUCUACCCUCAAAUCCUUGUGAGCUGGCACCCCGUGAGAUCACGCCCCAAACAUCUCAAAGCUGUAUUGCAGAUUGUGUUGCAAGUGUCAGUCUGCUUCAGGUGAAAUCACCGGCUCUUCCCAGUCUUCCAGAAGACACCCAAAAAGACAAUUCCGUAAAAACCUCAGGUGCCAGUGACCAUCCUGAGAAGGUUGCAAAGUCUCAAGAUUCCUCAAGUUCUCAAGAUUCCAGGCUUCCUGUGAACCUUGAAUGUGCAAAUUCCGUCCAGCUUUUCUCUACAACCGUGACCCAAGAGGAGCCACAAAUCUCUCACAGCAAAGAUUCAACAAAGUCUCCAAAGUCUUCAGAAAUUCAAGAGAAACAAUCGCAAGCAAACAUUGACGUAGACUUGAACACAAUUUCCAGCAUCCCGUUGGGAAACAUGACCAACUCGUCCGUAACACCAGAUGGCCUUGUAACAAAUGGUCCUGAAGCUCUGGUCAUGGAACCUGCAGCCACUCAGAACGUGGAUAAGAUGGAUGAAGGAGAAAUUCUUUCUCAGCCAUGUUUGCGGAGGAAGAGGAAGGCCCAGAGACUGGAGUCUACAGAUUCCGAAUCCAGUCUGGAGGAUGAUGAUUUACCCCCACUAGCCCAGAUAUUUAAAUCUCACCAUUCGUCCUCAUCGUCUGCCAAAGAUCCAGUGAUGAACUCUUUAAACCAAGAUGGCCUCCAAGCUGAAGAACGAAGCCCAAAGCCAGGUUUAGACCCUGUGAGUCAGGAUAGUCGCUCUCGCAGUGACCCAGAAGCUGAGUCAAGUUCUGCAAGCCAGAGUGUCGCUCCUUAUCAGAAACAGCAAUCUCCUGAAGACGUAAACUCUAAUAAUGUACAAGAUGGCGGUGUUCCUGACUCACCUGGCAGAGAUGAGUGGAUUACUUCUAGUCAAGGAUCUGUGGAUCUUUUUGGGACACCACGGGAAAGUGAAGAAGUGGUUGACGGUGUUUGUGGAAACACAGGGCUUUCCGUCGAGUCAACUCAGUACUCGAGCGAGAUUAUUACCACUCAGCAGAGACAGGAGAUGCAGCAGGAGCUGCACAGGCUGGAGAGGAUGAUGGCGUUAGUGUCUGAGGCGAUCCAGAAGAAAGACGGCGACUCGGACGAGAAAAAUAAGACGGAGGACGGCGACCAGCGCUCAGGGCAGCGAGGCAGAGUCAGAAGUCAGCGAUCCUGUAAAGGCGGAAGGCAGCCGUCUCAGAGGUCAGAGGUCAGAGGUCAGCGUGCCGUGCCUGAGGAUCAGAGCGCUGAUGUGAUGGUGGAAAAGAAGCCGAAUGAGCUGAGGGGAGAAAGUACGGCCGCCCUAGAAGAACGUUCGCUAAAGACCGAGUGCAGAAGUGAAAGUGGAGGCCGAAUGGAGCUGGUGGCGUCGGGACUCAGCGCCGCUGAGCAGGGCCUGAUGAAGAAAUUUGCGAGGAAGAUGAAGGCUGGUGUAAGCAGUCAGGUCACUCCCACUACGACUCACAUCAUCAUCAAAACAGAUGGAGACUUGGUGUGUGAGCGAACGCUGAAGUACUUCCAGGGCAUCGCUGGCAGGAAGUGGGUGUUGAGCUUCCUGUGGAUCUCGGAGUGCUUCAAACACGGCAAACUUCUAGCUGAAGCUCCGUAUGAGGUUUGCGGUGACGUCGUUAACGGACGCGACCACAACGGCCCCCGAAAAGCCCGAACCGCUCCGGAUGAUAACCUGCUGAUGAAAGGAUGUGAGAUCUGCUUCCAGGGCUCCUUCACUGACAUGACCACAGAUCAGAUGGAGGUCAUGGUGGAGCUGUGUGGUGCUACGGUCAUGAAAGAUCCGCUGAUGUUCUCCAGAAAGGCUCUCCGUUAUCAGCUGGUGGUGGUUCAGCCAGGCCCUGAUGACUCUCAGUCCUACUAUGCAGCUCUGCAGAGAAAAGCCACCGUAGUGACUCGGAGCUGGCUCUUGGAUUCAGUCGCCACGUACACGCUCCAAAAUCCACGUGAUUAUAAACCGUAAUGACGAUGUUUUUGUUUUUGUGGGUUUUUUUUUUCCCUUCUCUUGCUUUCUCUGCUUGUUUUUCUCUCCUUACUUGCACUUUAUUUUGCGCAGAGCUCAAACCGCUCACUACUUUUCCUUUCACUUUUUCCUUUCAAAAAAAAGAAUCUAUUUUAAAGUGUGUUGUAAAUAAGACUUUGUCCUUGUACAUUUCAGUAUAAAACACUCAACAGGU